CAGAGUUCUACAAACGAAAUUUACCGGCUGGCUGAAAAGGGAUAACGGUAUUUGAUGACGUCAUUUGUUUACCGCAAGCGAUAUUAGGUUGACCUUAAUGAUACCAGCGAUAAACAAUCAACCCAAUAUAGACUAAUAUGUAUAAUUUGUUGAUCCUGCAACAACCAAGUUCAUCUUAGGACGAAAUUAAAUAUGGCGGCUGUGAAAUUCCUCCUCAUUUUUAUGUUCCUAUCAGAAUGCAAUAGAGUGGAGAUGAGAGCGGACACACCAAUGAGAAGCGUUACCACGGAAGGGAAUCCUCUCGGGCACACUGGCGAAGAUACAAGGAAUGCGGGGAUGAAACGGCGGAGAGAAGAUUGUGGACCAGGUGACCUUCACGGUCCCCGUGCAACUAUUGAGAGUCCUUACAAUGCUGGGUAUUACCAUCUUUACUUUCACUGUUGGUGGACCAUGCACGUGACACCCAACACGACAGUGAGGCUGGAGUUCGAGCGUUUUGACCUCUACACUGGACAUGAUUACGUCAUUGUGUACGAUGGCUCGAGAGAUGUUACAGGAAAGCUUACUGGAUUUAUAAAUGUGCCAUACUUCGUGGAUUCAACUGGUGACACCAUGAGAGUUGAAUACGUCACAGACAUCGCCUUCACAACCAAUGGAUUUAAGGCUACCCUCCAGGAAAUAGACCGAGAUCAAGAACCCACAACGACCAACAACGUACUACAGACUUCCGAACACCCUGUAACAAUCACGAGCUCUGCUGCAUCAAGCUAUUCCUCAGACAUAUACACGCGCGCCAUUAGUACUGGUUGUUACCAAGACGCUUGGGAUAUCCGCAUAUAUUUGCCUGAUCUUUACAAACUCCACAGUGACUUUGAUCCGUCUGAUAUUUACCUUGGCCGGCCUGGUUGUGAGGGAUAUCGUUCUGGUGAUUAUCUUAUAAUUCACCAGCAGUACACAGACUGCCUGACUCACCUGAUGACGACCACUGAUGUUAUGGAAUAUACUAAUAUGCUCAUCUACGCAUACAGGGACCCUAACUACAAAUUCAUCGUCCGAGAUUAUCGCUUCAAGAUUGACGUACAUUGUGACUUGCCUACUCACGAGACGGUAUCACAACACUUCAUUGAGACGCACAACAAAGUGCGCAAGCGCAGUAAUAACCCAAGUGUUUCCGGUUCCGGUCAUUAUAAUAUCCACAUGUCAUUUUACAGGGACUCUACUUAUCGACAGCAAAUGACCGGAAGCCCUUUGAUGGUUGAUAUUGGACAGGACGUCUAUGUCAGCGUGACCACGCCCCUUUCUGACUUUUACAUCAAGAUGCGAGUCGAGUCCUGUUUUACACUUCCGCUCCCAGGUGCUGGGGACCAUUUAAAAUUUUACCUUAUUAAAACCGGAUGUAGCAGUGACGUCAACACCCACGUCAUACAUCAAUCGUCUCACGAGACCAGGUUCGUCUUCCGAGACUUUGAAUACUCCAAUCAGGAUGACCUAUACUUGUACUGCACUGCUACAUUUUGUAACGUAACCGACGAUUCGUCAGCGUGUGACCAAUCAUGUCACAACGUUCAAAGGAGAUCUAUCCAAUCGGCGUCCGACAUUCAUCUUCAAAAAGCGGACACGUCUGAUGUUCUACAUUUGUCUAAAGAUCAUUUGCAGCGGGACGUCGAUAGAUUGGGUGACAUCAGAACACCCGGUCAUGCGCAAUACAUCAGUGUCAACGACCAUCUGUUUAUAGCGGUGAUGAUCAGUGCGUUAGGAAUAUCAGUGAUUGGGAUUUUUGUGGCGAUUCGUCGUUAUCGGAAGCCUAAAACCAAACCUAAUGAGUUAAUUUAAUUUCUCAGACCGGACCCAAAUAAUGAACAAUUUAUUAGGAUUAUGUAUUCAUGACACUGUGGUGUUAAAACGUUCAAUUGAAUGAUGAUAAUUGAUUUUUUUACUUGAAUUUUCUUUUAAAUACUGUAAACGUACAAAUUUUAGCGAUUUUCGCUCUUGAAGCAUUGCGUUAAAUCAUGAUUUCGCUAAUUACAUUAUCAAUGUGAUUUUCCUACAGAGAAUAUGAGACUGCGAUUAUU